AUGCCAAAAGUUGUAUCGCGAAGUAUAGUCUGUUCAGACACAAAAGACCAAGAAGAAUAUAAUGAGACGAAACCUCUUCACAUCUACUACUGCAUAUGUGGACAAAUGUCGCUUAUUUUGGAUUGUACCAUUGAUAAAUUACCAUUACGACCUACCGAUGGUGCACGAGUCAUUGAUGGUUCAAAACACGCUCACAAAAUUACAUCAGAUCCCGACGAAACUGUAUACUUAAAAAGAGAAAAGGGCAUUGAAAGGCAGUACAGGCUAAAGUGUAAGAAAUGCGCCAUUCCUAUUUAUUAUAAGCAUGAACAAGACAAUAAUAUAGUGUUCAUUCUGAGAGGUGCAUUAGUACAGACUGCGGGAGAGGCUGGUGUAACAGAUAUCUACAAACAAGUUGCUUUAACACAACCAAAGAAGAUUAUGGUGACAAAACAUACUAAAAAUAUGGGAAAAUUCAGUUCUGUUACUGUGUCUACAAUUGAUGAAGAGGAGGAUGAAAUCGAGGCCCGAGAAGUAGCAGACAGCUACGCUAAUAAUGCUAGAAUUAUUGAGAAACAAUUGGAGAGAAAGGGAAUGAAUAAGAGGCAAGCAGAGACCCCUGCACAAACUACGGAGAAAAGAGUUAGAGGGACUUUGAUAGAUAAAUAA